UAAAUUGCAUAAUGAAUGAUGCUGCUACAUCAGAUGACAAUUUACCCAUCACGGAUGAAAAUGAAACCAUACCUGACCAGACCAAACUGGGAGGAAUGGAUGAAGUGGAUCUUGCAUCUGAUGGAACAAAAUUAAGUGAGAAUCUUGCCCAAGAGAAGGCAGAUGUUUUGCUCCCAGAAAUAACAAAAUGUGCUCUUUCUGCCUGUCAAAGAGUAGACCCAGAAGGCACAGAGCCUCAGCCACUGGCACCGGAAGAGAAUUUCAGCAGGAGUGAGGCUUUGGCUACAGGCCUUGUAGAAGCCAGUGAGCCUCAACCUGUGGAACUAACAGAGGGUGAGGAGCCUCAUCCUGCCACAGAAGCUGCCAACCCUCAGCCUCCAGAAAUCGCACAGGACGCUAAACCUGAGCUUGUCCAACCAACAGAGGAAAGCACACCUGAGCCUUUGGUGACGGCAGAGGAAGACUUUAACCUUGUAACAGAAAUGGUGAAGGAAUUGCAGAUAGAUGAAGAGGAUCAGCUGAAAGAGGGUGAGAUGGGAGAAAAGGUGGAAACUGAGAUGCACUCUGAGAUAGUAUGUGAGGGCUCUGAAACAAAAGAAGAAGAAACAGGAGAAGCUACAGCAGCAACAGAGAUAGAAGCUACUAAUAAUGAAGAGUGAAUCAUGGUUUCUGCAUGGACUUCAUCUUUGUUUAGGUACUCAAGUAUCUAUUACUCCAAUUUGAGAAAAUCUGGAUUUUAUAAAAGCUUUUACGGACUUGCCAUGACAACUGAAGCAGUAGGGGGAGAAAGCAUUUUAUUUUGGGAAGUCAAGUUGCCAAGACACCAUUGAGUAAUUGCAAUGUUAAACCUUCACAGGUCUGCUGCAUAGUGCCUUCUGUAAACUUCAUUUGAGUAGAAUUGUAUGUUGCAAUGCAAUAGCUUAACUAAAAUAGGUGAAUAAUUACAG